AUGGUGUCUUACACAAUCCCACCGCAGUUCGACGAGACGAGCGACAAGUGGCCCGCGUACCAGGUUCGGCUGGAAGCCUUUGAGGGUAAUGGCAUCACGGAAGACAACAAGAAGCGGGCCCUGCUGGUGACUGCACUGUCCACCCACACUGUCGACGUACUGAGCGGACGUUGUGCUCCGGAUACGGUGAAUGAACUGUCGCCAGUGCCCGUGAUGGCCGCGGCGCGAAUCCAACGAUGGGCCCUGCUGCUGAGCGCAUACGAUUACGUCAUCAAACACCAGCCCGGGAAAAACAACAUUCUAGCCGAUGCCCUCAGCCGACUCCCCACGUCAGCAACUUCCCAGCCAGAGACGCAGGAAGAAACUGCCGGGGGCCGGACACCAGCGCAACUCCUAAUGGGCUACGAUCUUCGCUCCAGGCUGCACAGCGCAGUGUCCAUUCCGCCCUCACCAGUUGACCGUCCCCCCCUCGAUGGGUGGCAGCCCGGGGAGCCAGUCUGGGUGAGGAACAUUGGGCAAGGCGAGCCGUGGACUCCAGCCAGCAUUACAUCGACAGACGGAGCCCGCCUGGUGAAUGCCGAUGGUCCGGAGGGGGAAACCAUUCGGCGCCACAGCGACCAGGUGAAGCCACGGGAGUUGGAGCAUGACCAGGGAGAAGCCGGCGACUCUCGGUGCCUCGAAACGGCCGCCGGGGCCGGAGGGGCCCCAGCAGGAGGAACACCGAGGCGAGCGCUAACAAGGAGCGAGAUCGCCGGGAGCCCCUCAACUCCGGUGUUGCGUCGCUCGGGCCGGCAACGCAAACCCCCAGACCGUUACUCACCGUAG